AUGGCCUCCCUCGAACCGGCCUCGAUGGAUCUGCCUAUCAUAGAUCUAGACCUCUUUCUUUCCCAGCCUAGGCAUACGGAAGUCGUGAUUGACGAAUGCAAGAAAGUUGCGGAUGCUCUGAUUGUCUACGGCGCUCUGCUUCUACGCGAUUCGCGCGUAUCAGAACAGGACAACAAUACUUUCCUCGACUUGUUAGAGGAUUAUUUUGCACAACCCGAAGACAUUCUCAAGAAGGAUGAGAGGCCCGAGCUCAGCUACCAAGUCGGCGCUACCCUUGAGCUUACGGAAAGACCGAAAUGUGCAGUGGAUACAAGUUGCCUACAUGUCAUCGAGCGAUUGGAGCCUUCGGAAAGGCCAUUGGAUAUCAGUGCCCACAAUCCGGAUCCAAAGUGUCGCUUCUUUUGGAAGAUGGGAGAUAUGCCACCAUAUCAGACGCAGUUUCCUGGUCUCAAUGCUUCCAAUGUCGUACCCCAGGCCGAACAUAUUAAGGAACGCUGGCCAUCGGUCAUGGAAAAGUGGGGGGUUUCUAUGAAGCGCGCAGUGGAAAAUCUAGCUGACAUGGCAUCCAUCGGACUUGGUCUACCUGCAGAGAUGUUCCGUGAAGCAGGGAGAUAUGGGCCUCAUAUUUUAGCUCCCACCGCUUCGGAUCUUGUGAAAUACGGAGAGAAAGAUACCAUUCUCGCUGGCUUUCACACCGACCUCAACUUUUUGACGAUCCACGGUCGCUCCAGAUAUCCCGGCUUACAUAUAUGGGCUCGAAACACUGGCAAACGUAUCCCGGUCAGGAUUCCAGAAGGAAACUACUUACUCGUUCAGGCCGGAAAACAAUUAGAGCACAUCAGCGGUGGUCUAAUCAAAGCGGGUUAUCAUGAAGUCGUUGUUAACGAUAGAACUCUUGCAGUCAUCGAGCAGCGAAAAAGAGAACAACCCUCACGACCACUGAUUCGAAUCUCGUCGACUUUCUUCUGGCAUCUAUCUUCUGAUUAUGAUCUAGAACCCAUUCCUGCGUUGGCGGAGCGCUCAAGAAUAAUCCGGGCAGCUCACAUCAAUCUGGGCCAGGAUGACGGAGGAGAUAUGAUUUACGAACCAAUGAAAGUUGGCCAGCAGGUUCAGAAUGAGCUCAAACAUAUAGCACUCAUGGCCUGA